ACGACUAGCGCCGUUCUCCUCUAAAAGUCCGCUGCCCUCUUGUAGUCUGCUGGGAGCACACCGUCCAUUAUUGGCAGUUCUCUAGAAUAACAGCUGGACCGAGAUAUUAGGGAAGAUUGUGCCAAGAGGAUUGAGUGAAUUGACUAGAAAAUUAACGAAAAUGAUCCCCGGUUGUAUCAGGAGCCUUAGCAGGCAGUCAUCUCACCGAAAUUACGGAAGCUGGAGCAAGGUAGCAUCUCUUUUCUCGAGUAGAAAAAAUAAUUAUGCAACGGAGGCUUCGUUUGAGACCAAACCAUUUCGUUUGCAUAAAUUGGAUAGUGGUCCAUCUACUCAUGUAUCGGUAACUAAGGAAGAUGCUCUUAAACUGUACAAACAACUUCAUACGAUUCGACGAAUGGAAACUGCUGCUGGUAAUCUCUACAAAGAAAAAAUUGUCAGAGGUUUCUGUCACUUGUAUUCUGGACAGGAAGCAUGUGCAGUAGGAAUUAAAGCUGCACUCAGAGAUCAGGACUCUGUAAUUACUGCAUAUCGUGCCCAUGGUUGGACUUAUCUUAUGGGAAUUGAUCCUGUAGGUGUUUUGGCUGAACUCACCGGAAGACAGUCUGGUAAUGCUCGGGGUAAAGGAGGUUCCAUGCAUAUGUAUGCCAGGAAUUUUUAUGGAGGAAAUGGCAUUGUUGGUGCACAAGUACCUCUGGGUACUGGAAUAGCUUUUGCUCAUAAAUACCAAAACACUGGUGGCGUUUGCGUUGCUCUGUAUGGCGACGGAGCCGCCAAUCAAGGACAAAUAUUCGAAGUUUAUAAUAUUGCGAAGUUGUGGGAUCUCCCCUGCAUCUUCGUAUGCGAAAAUAAUGGAUACGGUAUGGGCACCAGCGUAGAACGUGCUUCUGCAAGCACGGAAUAUUAUACGAGAGGAGAUUACGUUCCUGGAAUCUGGGUCGAUGGUAUGGAUGUCUUAGCCGUGAGGGAAGCUUCUCGCUUUGCCGUUGACCAUUGUACCUCCGGUAAGGGUCCCAUUGUGAUGGAAACUGCCACCUAUAGGUACAGCGGUCACAGUAUGUCUGACCCUGGCACUAGUUAUCGAACCCGUGAAGAAAUCCAGGAAGUUCGACAGACCCGCGAUCCUAUUACAAGUUUCAAGGAAAGAAUUCUGAACGCUAACUUAGUUUCUGCCGAGGAACUGAAGAAAUUAGAAUCCGAAAUUAGGAAGACUGUCGAUGAUGCUGUAAAGAUAGCCAAGGCUGACAAGGAAAUUCCAUUGAACGAAUUGACCACGGAUAUAUAUGCUGAGUGUCUGGAGACAGAAAUUCGUAAUACAACACCGUUCAAUCCUCUUUCUCACGCCAGGCUGGGACCUGCCGUAAAUAUAUGAAUAAAAUAAUUGUAUGUCAUACCUUUCUGGGUAAAGCUGACUCGUAACCAAUUACGAUCUCUUUCCCCUACGUACAAAAGUGAGAAACAGUAUCCUACGUAUAUGAUUCUCAGUAAUUGUAAAUAAUAUAAUACCAGAAGGUGCGCCUAAUUGAUCGAUCAGUCGUUGAAUCUAAUCUUGUAGUAUAAAUUAAGUUAUAUGUCAAUAUUAUUGACAAACCGUUAAUCCGCUUCCGCGAAUCCUAAUCAUACCCAAUUGUAAAGAAAUAAUAAAAACCGCGACAGGAUAAAUUUACCAUGGAUAUUGUUUGCGCAAAAUUGAACACAGACCCGAAGUUUUUAGCAACCUCUGUAUUGUUAUUUCGGGAAUCUUUGCGCAACUCAACGAAGAUAAGUUAUAAAAAUUAAAAAAUAAUUUGUCAUUAAUAGCAUACCUGAUAGGUUAAUUAGGUACAUAAUUUUUGCCGAAUUAAAAAGAUGAAUGAAUAUUCAUUAUGCACGAGUUAUACAGGUUACGUUAAGUCACUAGUUAAUAAUAUUCUCACAUAACUGCCGAGAUUCUUCAAAGUAUGCAUUGUAUAGCUCAUUAGUGAAUUUUCAUACAAAUAUUAAUGGUACGCGAUAUUCACGUUUUAAAUUGAUAAAGUAUUAUCAGUCGUGUAUUUCUAUACAGAACCAAUUUUUCAGCCCCAAACGACAUGAGCCUCGUCACUCAAGGCUUGUUAACAAGGUUUAAGAGCUUAAUUGAUUCUUUGUUACUUACGAUCUUGAAUGAUUGAGGCUUUAGAAAAUUUCAUACUUUGCAGCAGCGAGGCCCAACACUGUACAUUAUAAUAAAUUACAAACUAUCUGUUACACAAA